GCACGACAGCACGACGGACAAGUUCGCGCAUCUCGACGCGGUAGUUCGCGAUCUCACAGCCUCGGUCACGGCCGUGCGCGAAGCCGGACGUGUGGACUCGCUGAAGUUGGCGGAGUGGCUUGAUAAGGCACACGAUCGCCAGAUGAAGGCGACGAUGCUCGUGCUGGAGAGGGUGAGGGCAUUGGAGCGCACGGUGGGCGAGGUCAAGAGCUUGCACGGAGACGAGACGAUCACGGCGAGAAUGCAACGGAUCGACUGUGCGUUGACGGAGUUGCUCGAACAAGUCCAGGACCCAGAUGCUGGAUUCACGGCGUUCGGGCCCAGCACAGGUGGCGACAGUACUACACCACUACCGACCCGCCAUUUCAUGAACAGGAGCGUAAGCCCGAUUGCACCUCCUGUGUACGUAGACGCAAGUGCCGGUGGGCACCCGACAGAGCAUGUCGAUGCAUCUGUGGCCGCGUCCCAGCCCUUACCCGUGCAUGUGGACGCAAACGUCAAUACUACCGAGCGCAAGAUGAUGGACACGGGCUCAGCCACGGCCUCCCUUGAACUGGUCGACAUCGGCGUAGGCACCGCUUCAAUCGUGCUCGCAGAUGCAUCCGUCGGCAACUCACCCCAACAAUACGCUGAUGCGGGUGUCGAUGCACCCGGACCAGAAGACUCUGAAUGUAUGCGCACUCCAACGCGUAUGCCACGGUCUCUGCACGUCUUCGGACCAGAUGUGCGAUUGCAUGCACGUUUCCCGACCUCGCCCUUCAACUCGGAUCCCAUGGUUCCUGCACAAUGGUCUCCGAACCGCUCUGAUUCUCCUCGGUCCGAGCUAAGUUACGUCAGUCGGGAUGGAGGCCCCGAUGCAUCCUCUGCAUGGCCAGCAGCGGCCAGUCUACCCGUCGCAGAAGUUGAUGUGGAUAAUCUUGAGUCAACCUUGCAAGACCGCCGUUCCCUUCCAGGCGAUGACAGCGUGGAGACUGGUGGUCGUGAGCCUACUCCCAGAGCAGGCGUCAACUCCGUGUCUAUACACGACGAUGUGUCGGCUGUCCCUGUACAACUUCAGACUGGUACGCGUCCGGCGGAUCUGGCCUCUACAUCCUCCGCAAUUCGCAGCUCUGAGCAUCUAGCAUCUGCCGAGGUGACACAUCCUCCGCGUGCUGCCUCCACGUCAGGCAUCAGCAUUGGACAGUCUGUGUCUUCUAUCACAGCAGUAAACUCCCCAGGGGACAGUGCUAUGUCUCCCACGAUUACAAAGCCCUCGUCGUCGUCAACGACUGACACCAAGACGUUGCCACUCCCCCGAAAGCCGUCACAGCGAGCGAGGUCUCACUCACUCUCCACUUUAUCGUCCCUCUCGCCACCCCCAUCUCCGCAGGUUACGCGCACUCGUCCCGGAGCACGGAUAUUUAGUUUGAGUCCCUCGCCGCCACCACCGCCACCGCCGCCACUGCCACGGCGCAAGAUGCGAGACACGCUCCGUACGCAACCUCCGGCCGCGUCAUCGGCCGUUAAGAACGAGACCCGAAUUGCUGAACCCGCAAGGGGGCGCAAACGCGACGCACGCCAAUCGUCUAGCCCGGAGAUUCAGAUCAUCGAGAAACCAGCAGCGUUCGUUGACAAGAACAAGAGCCGCGAUCACGACAGGAGCAAAUCGAAGGGGAAGCACGAGAAGAGCUCGAAGACGCGAGAACGGGACCGGCGACUGGACUUGGAUGAAGAGCGGCCGCGGAAGAGACGCAAGACGGAUGGCGAUGCGCUCGCGCGAACAGGGAAGAAGCCUGGGAGUAAACCUCGCAAGUCAUUAGGCGCACAAGGGACCCAGACCCAGACCCAAAGUCGGAAGGGCAAGCAAGUGGCGAGGGUGUAUCCGGACAGCUCACCGCAGCCCGAGGAUGGACCACCUGUGGAUGACGCGGACUGCCAGUGGCCGGACAUCAUCGAAGGGGAUGAAACGUACCAGCGGGAGUACAUUAACUGCGACAACUGUGACGCAUGGUACCAUUACGGUUGUGCUGGCUUGCCGCCCGAUGACCCGCGUUUGACCGAGCAAGAUUCUGUGUUUUUCUGCCCUCCAUGUGAGGUCGCCGGGGAUGAGCGCAAAGGUCGGUAUACAGGGAAAACCGCCGAUACGGCGAAGUGCGCCCGCCCCAAUUGUGGGGCAUCUGAUACGAAUCAAUGGUUCAUCGAAUGUAUUAUCGGCCGCAGGCCUUCGCAGACACAACCUGGUAGUGGUGGCAUGCCCAAAUUUCUCUGGCUCGUGAAGUGGGAUGGGUGGAACGCAGGGGCGGCCACAUGGGAGUUCCCAGAGAACCUCGGCGAGCACUCACAGCUCAUUGCUGAGUUCGAAGUUGCGAUAGGGCUGGAGGGCAAGGAUCUGAACGACCCGUACGUCCCCGCUCUGCUGAACGAGGCUGCAGCUGCGGGUUGGUGAAGGCCGAUUAUCGAGCUAGGCUGUGAGCACCUGUGUUGGUGGUGCAAGCGGCCGAGAGUGCGUAACUUUUCAAUUUUUCUGGAAUGUUGUCAUCUUGCAAGCUUGGAUAUACUGUGCAUCUCUGUCUCGUGCUGGUCGUCGCUUUGCUGUGCUAUGUUUUCGUGUUUUUUUGCUAGGUCUGAGACCCGGAUUCGGUAUGUAGUCCCUGGGCUCUGGAUAUAUUCGUCUGUAUCGGCUACGCACUAUUCAUGUACCUACUAAGUUCUUAUUCGAACGCGUAAGUUACAAGUACAGUAAGUACUGUAACAUACUUGGCUGGACGCGUAUUACAACCUCUGUCACGAUGUGUGACGUGUCGCGUCCACUGCCGUCACGCGCGCCGUGCAAAUCAACAAGUUACGACUGCCCUCAGCCUCUUCCUCG